AUUUUUAUUAUUAUCCGCUCGAACCCGAUUAUCAUCACAAUCAAAAACCUAAAAACCCUAGUCCCUCUCUCCUCCCUGGAGUUCAAAAAAUUCGGGCCUUUUCUCUCAAAUAGAUAGAUACAUGCGCGGGUUCACGUAAAGGUGGGAAUUGUAAGUGGAAAAAAGAAAAAAAAGAGACAAAUUGAAUCGAUUAGAUUAUGGAAGCAGCAGAGAACAGUAACAACACAGCGUCAACGUCGAGAUCCAGUUCGACGGCGGAUUCUUAUAUAGGUAGUUUGAUUAGCCUGACAUCAAAGAGCGAGAUCAGAUACGAGGGUAUUCUUUACAAUAUCAACACUGAUGAGUCCAGUAUUGGAUUGAAAAACGUGCGGUCGUUUGGAACAGAAGGGCGGAAAAAGGAUGGUCCACAAAUCCUUCCCAGUGAUAAAGUUUAUGAAUACAUAUUGUUCCGCGGAAGUGACAUCAAGGACUUACAGGUCAAGUCUUCACCACCAGUUCAGCCUGCACCACAUAUAAACAAUGACCCAGCAAUCAUACAGUCUCAUUAUCCUCGUCCUUUCGCCACCUCCACUGGUUUUCCUUCAGCUGUUAGUGGGUCUUUAACUGAUCUUGGAUCCCAUAAUGGACCAGGGGGACAACCUGCUACGAAUUUCCAAGGCGGGAUGCCUUUAUAUCAACCUGGAGGGAGCUUAGGAACUUGGGGAGCUUCACCUCCUCCUCCAAAUGCAAAUGGUAGUGGCCUUGCUAUGCCAAUGUAUUGGCCAGGUUUCUAUGCCCCCCCAAAUGGGCUUCCACAUUUACACCAACAAUCUUUGCUUCGACCACCACCUGGACUGGCAAUGCCUUCUUCCAUGCAGCAACCGAUGCAAUACCCCAAUUUCAAUACUUCUUUACUCACUGGAGUCUCAAAUUUACCUGGUCCGAACUUGCCAGUCUCAACCUUGCCAUCUUCAAACUUACCGAUUUCAACCUUGCCAGCUUCUUUGCCAGAUGUUCUACCUCCUCUACUUCCUGGCAUCGCUAGUUCCCUUAAUUUCACAUCCCAUUCUGCAGUGCCAUCAACUUUGCCUUCAUCUGUACCUCUAAUGCCCUCUGCCUCUCUGCCUUCUGAAACAUUACCCAGUUUGAUGCCUGAUAAGAUUCCUAGUUCUGCACUUCCUACAACCAAUUUAGGCGCUAGUUUGCCAGUGCUAUCUCCUUUGACAACUUCCAGCCCAGAUUUAAACACCAUCGCACCACCAAUCUCCAACAAGCUUAGUUCAAUUCCUGGCCCAACAAUGCCUUAUCAAAGCACUGCACAAUCUGCACCCUCUGGUGUUUUGGCAUCCAAUUCUCUUCGCACAGAAAUACCAACACCAAUUCCUUCUUUGGUAACCCCUGGCCAGCUAUUGCAGUCAGGAUCACCGAUUGUUCCUUCUACUCAGCCUGUGCAAACAGCCCAUAAAGAUGUGGAGGUUGUUAAAGUAUCACCAGUACCAGAACCAUCUGUACCAGUCACCACAGAAGCUCAGCCACCAAUACUCCCAUUGCCUUUUCCUACACGUGCUAGCCAUAAGCCAAAUGGGGCUACUUUUCAUGCCCGCCAUGGUUACCAUGGACGCGGAAGAGGAAGAGGAUAUGGGAGUUCACGACCACUGACAAAAUUCACUGAGGAUUUUGAUUUUAUGGCAAUGAAUGAGAAGUUCAAGAAGGAUGAAGUUUGGGGCCACCUUGGCAAGAAUAACAACAAAUCUCAUUCAAAGGAUAGAGAAGAUGGGGAUGUCAGUGGUGAAGAUGAUUUUCAAGAUGAAGAUGAGGAUGAACUAGCUAAGGUUGAGGCUAAGCCUGUGUAUAACAAGGAUGACUUUUUUGAUACCAUCUCAUGUAAUGCGCGCGAUCUUGAAUCGCAAAAUGGAAGGACAAGAUUCUCGGAGCAAAUGAAAUUAGACACAGAGACAUUUGGUGACUUUUCAAGGUAUCGGGGAGGACGAGGUGGUCGUGGUCCUCCACGUGGUGGUCGUUUUCAUGGAUCUUAUUAUGGAAGGGGGAAUGGGUAUGGCUAUGUUGGGAGGGGCAGGGGCCGGGGCUGGGGCCGGGCCGGGCCUGAUCGUGCUUCUUAGUUAGCAUUUGGUAUUUUGAAAUGUUAUAGCCAGGUCCUUGUGCUCAUGAAGCAACAAAACUAAUUUAGGGCUAUGCUCUAGGGAUUGUGGUUUUCCUUAUUGUUUAGAGAAUAAGAAGGUAGGAUAUGCUCGAUGUCUAUUGGUGUUCCCAUUGCCUAACAGUCCUUUAGUGAAAGCUAAUUAAACAGCAGUUUAUAUUAA